AUGCUGUGGCGUAGUGCCGGUCUCAUCGCGCUUGCGCUGCGAGUUGCUUUUGCUGCGGACGAGUUAAGCUGCGAUUUUAAACGUCCAUGCUGUUGGCAAUCGUUGAACGAAGAUGCGAAAUGGCUGGUACGAAGCGGUCGUUCCAUCAACAUCAACGAGUUUCGACGCACAUUUCUAGUGGGAAGAAGUCGUCUGCCGCCAGCCGGUAACUACCUCCUUCAAAACGGCUUCGAAGGCCAAGCAGCCUUCGGCUCGUGCGCAUUCUGCUCUGCAGACGGUAAAGUCACUAUACAGUACAGGCACUGGCAAAGUCCCACAGCUCGACUAAAACUUUGCUGGCGACGAUGGUACCAUCCAAUCCGGGAAGAAAACUGCUUCCGUGCGGAACCAUCACGACAGAGUCAGAUCAUAAGCCAGCAGAUCUCUGUCCCACGCGGAAAAGAUAUCCAGGUGUUGUUCGUGGUUGAACGAACCGAAGGAAGCGUAAACGCGAUUGUGAUGCUUGACAGAAUCUUAGUGACAGUGACGAAAUGCAGUUCAAGCGCGGAAAAGAAUACGGACUUCGUCUCUCGAACUGCGCGGGUCGUAGUGCAGCCGGCUUCGCAAGUAGUCGAGAAGAAACUGGGCUCAUCUGACAAAAGUGGAGUAUCGCUGCUUUCGGUUCAUCACAAAGGAUCGCCAAUAAAACUCAACCUUGCUCAACUGGCACACAUUGAUGAACGAGUUCGAGCAAAGCUUUUGGAGAGGGAACACGAAAAACGAGCUGAGAAAGCCAAAUCGCGCUUGAGUUCCUAUUCUUCAGCAAAUUCUACGUCAAAAUCGAAGGAGACUCGCUCCUCUUCCUCGUCAAAAUCCAAAGAAUCCAAGCCUUCUUCACCUUUUUCGUCGAAAUCCAAAGAAAUUCGAAAAAAAUCAGGAGAAGUUGCGUUGCCGAAAUUUUUAACUUGGACAAAUAGCUCUGCAAUACGAAGCACGGAAAAUACUAGCAAUAAGCGAUCCAAUGAAGAUAUUAAGAGCAGUUUACGAUCCUCCGAGAAAUCGUUAUUGUCAAAAGAAAGUUCGCAACCGCCAAUACUGCAAUCGACGUUUCCAGUGAAGAAAAUCGUUUCUAAGCUGCCAAAACGAUAUAUUCCUAAUCCUCGUCCGAGUAAGAAACCAUCCAGGGAACGCCACCCACCUCCUCCACCUUCGCCUCUCUCUAACCCGAAAGAAUUUAAUCCUCUGGCUGAUUUGCUUGGUCAAGAGCUUGUCGACUUCCUUGACCCCAACUAUGUGACCAAAGAUGACGAAGAACCAGAGGAUGAUUAUGAUGAUGAGGACUUAGCAGUAUUGUCAUCAAGUCAUUCGCGAAAAGCAAGCAGCCCACCACCGAAUACAUCUAUCGCCGCCACACAUAAAUCGGUUUCUCCCGCCACGCCUACUCAUGUGCAAAUGCCACCACCAUUAUCCGUAUUCCACAGACCGUUGUCUUUGGCGCCACCUCAGCCUUGCAAUACAGUAGGUGGAUGUCUAUUUGAUAGAUCUAUGUGCUCAUAUGUACAUCCCGAUGAUGUGCCCCAUGCAAAUCGUUUUAUUCGACUGAAAGUGGGACUAUCCAGUUUCAUACGAGCCCGUGUUCCUCCUGGUAGGACGUCUGUUCUGGAAAGCGUCACUCGUAUGACUGAACCGCAUACGAUCCUAUUCGAUGCAUUGGAGUGGAGAUCGGGUACACGACUCAUAGGCUGCUGUUCUGACAUCAAUGGUGCUCAAAAAUGUCCAUUCGCUACUCCAUCUGAAGCGGGGGUGUUGCUUUGGCAAAGCGGCAGUUUUGAUUGUCCUGCAAACACUGCAAAGAUACGAUUUAUAUGCGAAAAUCUCGAUGUCGAAGAAAGUGAGUGCGCUUUGGACAGCAUCCGGUUACAUCGGUUAUCUGAUACAUUUUUGCUAGAACCAUGUCAAAAGGAUGUUCUUUCAUCUUUGUGA